AUGAAGAACUUCAAGAACAUAAGAUCAGAGUCGUUGACUUUAUUACUGGUCAACCUCGCCGGAAUAAUGGAAAGCGCCGACGAGUCAUUAUUGCCUGGAGUGUACAAAGAAGUAGGGAAAGCAUUGCAUACUGAUCCAACGGGACUUGGUUCUCUCACUCUAUUCAGAUCCAUAGUUCAAUGCCUUUGUUACCCUCUCGCUGCUUACCUCGCCGGCCGUCAAAACCGCACCCAUGUUAUUGCUCUUGGUGCUUUCCUCUGGUCCGCUGCUACCUUUCUUGUUGCCAUUUCCUCCACUUUUACUGAGGUUGCCAUUUCCAGAGGAUUGAAUGGAAUAGGACUUGCAAUAGUCACACCAGCAAUCCAAUCUCUAGUUGCUGAUUCAACAGAUGAAAGCAACCGUGGCAUAGCUUUUGGAUGGCUACAACUAACAGGAAACUUUGGCUCUAUACUUGGUGGGCUUUUAUCGGUGAUUCUAGCUGAAACAUCACUCAUGGGGAUCGCUGGCUGGAGAAUCUCCUUCCAUCUGGUCGGGUUUAUACGCGUUAUAGUUGGUAUAUUGGUGCGCCUCUUCGCCAAAGAUCCUCGCUUUGUUGACAGUGAUGGCAAUGCAAGAGAACAACCUCCCCAGAAACCAUUUAGAGAAGAAGUGAGGGAACUGCUAAAAGAAGUAAAAGCAGUAGUGAAAGUGCCUUCCUUUCAAAUUCUUAUUGCUCAGGGGGUCUCAGGUUCAUUCCCUUGGUCAUCAUUGUCAUUUGCUCCCAUGUGGUUGGAGCUUAUCGGAUUCUCCCACAAGACAACAGCAUUCCUCUUGACUUUGUUUAAUGUUGCUGGCUCAAUUGGUGGAUUGUUUGGAGGAAAGAUGGGGGAUAUACUUGCCAAACACUUGCCAAAUUCUGGUAGAAUAAUUCUUUCUCAGAUAAGCUCUGGUUCGGCGAUCCCUUUAGCUGCAAUUCUGCUUCUUGGAUUGCCUGAUGAUCCUUCCUCAGCUGCAAUCCAUGGUUUAGUCUUGUUCAUAAUGGGAUUCAUGAUAUCGUGGAAUAGUCCAGCGACAAACAAUCCAAUUUUUGCGGAGAUAGUUCCUGAGAGAGCUCGAACAAGCAUCUAUGCCCUGGAUCGAUCGUUUGAGUCUAUAUUAGCAUCAUUUGCUCCUCCAGUGGUUGGUAUUUUGGCUCAACAUGUUUAUGGCUUUAAACCAAUCCCCAAGGAUUCAACCGGCUCACAGGAAAUUGAAACGGAUAGAGAGAAUGCAGCCCCGCUUGCUAAGGCACUCUACACUGCUAUAGGCAUUCCAAUGGCAAUUUGUUGCUUCAUCUAUUCCUUCCUUUAUUGUACAUAUCCACGUGACAGGGACCGUGCUAAAAUGGAUGCAUUAAUAGACACUGAGCUGCAACGGAUUGAUGAAACUGCCGAUCAUCUUUUUGAAGAAGAAAAUGCCAAACAUCAUUUUUCUAAAUCCGAUGAACUGCAUGGAAAAGAACUAGUGGUGAUUGAUAGAGAUUAUGAUGUAGAAGACAGCCUCGACAACGAUGAGAAUGAUGAGAAAAGGCUUUUCCCAAAUCAAUUGAAAUUCUCUGAUAUCAGCAAAUUUUAGAGCAAAUGGAACAGCAAAUUUUGUGCAUAUCGGAUACAACUUACAGACUAAGAAAGUGAAAUUCACUUCAUCA